UAUACUGUGCAUUUGGCUUGAUUCCUCAUUCGUUCUGUUUGGGUAGGUUCAUUGGGACUACAGGAGCUUUAGUGGGUAAGGUGAGACUUUGAUUUGAUUAAUGUUAUAAUCUUCUCAAAAUUUCAACAUUAUUAAAUAUGGUUAUCUGGAUCAGGACAUUAUUUUGAGAUAUUUUGGCAGUGGCAUAUCUUGAAAAUUGUUAUUGCUAUUCCAAUUUUGGUCAACACUUUUUGUGUUUUCUUUGCACUAUGUUAUAUGCUGAAGGAACACAAGUCAAUAGAUUUUUGUAAUAAAAAUGAUCUCUGGAUAAGAAUUGCAGUGUUUACUUUCACCUUGGUUUAUUAGCAUAAUCUGAACAUGGUUUUUAUAACAUUGAUCAUUCAUUCAAUGUAUGUUAAUGCAAUAGAGUGGCUUAAACAGAUGCCAAGUUCUUUGUCAUAGGUUAAAGGGUUCUGUGAAGGAUGAAUAUGCAACCGGCUGUCCAUUCCAGAUCAUCUGCCAAUGGAUUUGGCUGUCGCAGAGGCGAAAGAGAUGUGGGGACCAGGCUGGAGAACAGGUCACAGAGUGGGAAGUCAAAUUCCAAUAACAGAUUAACAUCUACUGGUGAAAUUCGCUUACAAUUUCUGUUGUUUCUUGUUAGGAUUUAUUUUCCAUUGUUAAAGAGUAUAAAUUCUAUGACAUGGAGCAAAACUGGUGGCCAUGGGAGUCCUUCGCAUGAUCGCUUAGUAUAUAUAACUACUUGUUUUGUUGGUCAGCAUGUGGAUGUCCAUGUGAAAAAUGGAUCCAUAUAUUCUGGAAUAUUUCAUGCAGCAAACGAAAAAGAUUUUGGAAUUAUAUUGAAGAUGGCUCGCUUGACAAAAGAUGGUAGCUCUCGAGGACAAAAGUCUCCCGCGGAGUCAGUUAGCAAGCCUCCCGCAAAGACAUUGAUUAUACCUUCUAAAGAACUUGAUGUUUCUGUUACAAGUGAGGGGUUUUUAGAUGAGGCUCAGUGUGAAAAACAGCAAGAACAAAUUUGGAGCUUACAAAUGUAUGGAUUCUCUGAUUUUGCACCAUGCAAUAGUGCAUGUGAAGGUAGUUCAUAUGAUUGUGUUUAUGUCCCUGAGAAACCUGUAAUUAUUUCAAUAUAUUGUCAACAUUCUUGA